AUGAGCUUCAUUCAACGUAUCGCAAAGCGGCUGCCGAGCGCGCCCAGCCUGCCCAUAGACGAUGAACCUCGUGAGAAGGGUAAAGGUGCUGCUCGAUUCGCCUUCUUCCGCCGGCGCAUCCGCUUGAAGGGAAACUCUUCCAUUUCUAUACCCCUGGGAUUUGUGUUACUAUUUCCAUGUCUUGUAAUUGUUUUCAUUCUUCUUCUAUUCGUCCGACAUCCCUCGUCUCCCGGGGGGAUUCUAAUCCCAGCGGGCACUCCACCCUCUAUUCGAAAAAUCAGCGAAAAGUAUGACAAAGUUUUCGCCACAGGUUGUAUGCCCAUCGACCCGGAUGGACCCAAGGGCCCCAAGGCCAACGCUGCCUUCGUUGUUCUCGCGAGAAACAAGGAGCUGGAGGGUGUGAUUCAGUCGCUCAAGUCGAUCGAGCGCCAUUUCAACCGCUGGUACCAUUACCCUUACGUUUUCCUCAACGACGGAGACUUCGACGAGGAUUUCAUAGCGACGGUCAAGAACUAUACCAGUGCUCCUGUCGAGUUCGGAAAAAUCGAUAACAGCAUGUGGGGUUUCCCUGACUGGGUUGACCCCGAAGUUGCCAAGGAGGGUGUCCGCAAACAGGGCGACGCUGCUAUCAUGUACGGUGGUAUGGAGAGUUAUCACCACAUGUGUCGAUUCUACUCAGGCCACUUCUACAAGCACCCCCUCCUAAUGAAGUACGAAUGGUACUGGCGUCUGGAGCCCGAGAUCAAGUACUUCUGUGAUAUCACUUAUGAUCCUUUUAUCAAAAUGCAGGAGGCGAACAAGACCUACGGUUUCACUAUUGCUGUCAAGGAACUGCGCGAGACAGUUCCUAACAUUUUCCGCUACGCAUCGGCCUACAAGCGCAAGAACAACAUCAAAUCCAAGGGACUCUGGGAGAUGUUUUUGGAACCUCCUCCAGAGAAAGAAGAGGUGCCACCUGAGGAAGAACAGAAGCAGGAGAAACUCCCCGACGAGAUUCUGCAGACCGAGCCCGGAGACAAGACUCUAGAUGACAUCGAUCCUGAAGCCAUGGAAGGUGAAAGCUACAACAUGUGCCAUUUCUGGAGUAACUUUGAAAUUGCACGCUUGGAUUGGUUCCGAAGCAAGGAAUACGAGGACUUUUUCAAUAUGAUGGAUCGCAGUGGUGGCUUCUGGAUGGAGCGAUGGGGUGAUGCCCCUAUCCAUUCCCUUGCCGCUGGUGCUUUGCUCUCACCGGCCGAUAUCCACUACUUCCGUGAUUUCGGAUACCGUCAUACCACCAUCCAGCAUUGCCCAGCCAAUGCUCCUGCACGCCAGCUUCCUCGUGAACCCUACCUCGAAAAGACCACCGACGAUGAGAAGAAGCGAAUUGAAGAAGACGAGUACUGGGCCACCCCUGACCCAGUCAAGGAGAACGGUGUCGGUUGCCGAUGCCGCUGUGACACUGACAUUGUCGACGUUGAGGGCAAGCAGGGCAGUUGUCUCAAUGAAUGGGUUGACGUGGCUGGUGGUUGGGCUUCACCAUAG